CUGGUUUACGGCGCGCGCCGGGACCAGGCGAGAUGUCGCUGCCCCCGCCGGCCCCGGAACGCGAGGCCGAGGCUUGCGGCCUGUGCUCGGGCAGCGGGCCCGGGGCCGCCGCCCGCUAUACCUGCCCCCGCUGCAACGUGCCCUUUUGCUCGCUCUCCUGUUACCGCGGCUCGCGGCACCGGCUCUGCGCCGAGAGUUUCUACCGGGAGGCGGUGCUGGGCGAACUGCGGGCGGAGGCCCGGGCCGGAGGCGCCGAGGGGCGGCGGGACCUGCGGGAAAGCCUGAGGCGGCUGCGGGACGCCGAGGCCCAGCAGCCGCAGCCGCAGCCGGAGCCGGGGCCAGGCCUGGACACCCAGGGCGCCCCGGCCCGCCGGCUCUGGGAGACCUUGACCGAGCAGCAGCGCCGCGACUUCCAGCGGCUCCUGGAAAGCGGCGAGGCCGCGGCCUGGAUCAAGGAGUGGCGGCCGUGGUGGGAGCGGCGCCCCGCCGGCCCCGUGCAGGAGCUGGAGCCCGGGGGGCUGGAAGAAGAUCAAACAAGUGAGAGAAUAAAAGAACCCCAGCCUGUGGUUGAUGUUGAGGGUACUGAGAGCCAGAAUGAUUCAGAACAGGACAGGUUGAACGGAGAAACUGAAAGAGCGACAACCUGGGAGCACGAUGAUUCUAUUCCUGUGAUUUGCAGGAACAUUGUCCCUUUGCUGAGUUUGUGCUCAAAGCCCUCUCCCCUGAUCCAGUACAGUGUGGUGAACGUUCUCUAUGCCUACGCAUUCUCCAUGAAACUCAUUAAUGGGGACUUAUCAGGGGAAAUGAGGGAUGAGUUUAUUGAAGCCACAAUGACAAUCUCCGAGGCCCUGAAGGGCAAUCGUGUUUUCACGUCCACUGCUGAGGCUCUGCAGGCUGGGAUUGAGGCUGUCCGGAGCAGCCCCUACUCCUCCAACCCCUUCGAGGCGGUGAAUACAAUCAAGGAUACAUGUGUCCUCCUAUCUGGGGGGAGCAGGCCACCGAGCAGUCAAUACACCAUGGCUGCAAUCUCCCACCUCAGCCGCACCUUUGGAAAAGCCAAGCGAUCUCAACACAAGGAGGAUCCCGAUCAUUUCCGGGCUCGGAAGAAAUGCGCUUUCCUUCUGUCCUGGGUGAAUGAAUAUCAGCGUUCUCUAAUGUAUCUCUGCUUGGAGGUGCAGAAGGAGUACGAGAACACCUUUGAUACCUUAGCCCAAGUGGAGGAAGCCAAAUCAAACCUGGAAAAAGCCUGGGGAGGAAAACGACCCCCGGGGAAGAAAGUGUUAAUCGAAGAACUAACUCCCUGACUUCAUUAAUCACUCCCAUUCCCCAUUGAUCAUUUAAUAAAGAUUCAGGAUCAAAA